UCUGCCACUCUCCUGCCGCGGUCCCGGCACCAACUACGAAUAUCGCGACCCGACGAACUAGUUUACCAGAGUCCACUUUAUGGUCUCCGACGCGACCGUGGUUCUGUUUUGAGCGUAUACUCCUCGCGGUCCGGCAGGCGGCAAUUCAGAUUUCUGAAUUCAGUAAUCAGUUUUCCCGCGACCUUCGUAUGGUGCAUGUUGCAUAUGCUCUUGCCUUUAUUUUACGCUCCCCAUGCGUGUCUUCGUCGCUUCGACGUCCUGUUCGUCAAUAUUAACAUUUUAAUAUUAAAUAUCGUUGCCGUAUAUGAUCAUGGUCGAUCUUUACGUAUAUCUUGUAACGCUGGUGUUUGCCAUCGAAAUCUCUGCGCAUUCGGAUUCGCAAAAGGAUAUCAUUCGUUUGGAAUGCAACGAAAGAUGUCAUUUACAGAAUGAAACUACAAAUCACGGAGGACUCUUAUGCAAUUCUGAAUGUAUAGUAAAUCAGUGUAUUAGAGGAUGUGCUUUAUGGAACGAGGCACUUAGUAGUAAUUGUUCGAAAGUUUGUGACAAAUUUAAUGCAAAUUACAUAUCUCAAAGCAAAUUAUAUUGUAUUGCAGGAUGUCAUGAUGCUAUUACUUUAUACUUCCAAAGGAUCCAAUUUGAAAUUGGUCCUUUACCAUCCCCGACAUUAGUACCAGAUUCUCUAUUUGAUAAAUCUCUAAAACUUCAAUGGAAGGGUGUAAAGAGGAAAAAUUUCAAGUAUAGAGUUCAAUGGAAAUUAGAAAAUAAUCAAGAAAAUUGGCAAUAUUGCCAAAAAGAAACAUGGAAUAAUGACUCUAUUAUCCAAUUGGAGAAUCUCCGGCCUUAUACAAAUUAUCAAUUUCGUGUGGUAUUACUGUUACCAUGGGCUGGAGUAAUGCAGUUGGUAGUUUCUGAAUCAAGUGUGGUAAUCAGUACACAUCCCAGCAAAGUACCACCUUCAAUGACACCAGAAAUUGUGAGAACAAUUCCUGCAGAUUCUAGUAUAUCAGUUACAUGGGCAGCUAUUCCCUUUCCUUUAGCCCCAAUCCUAUCCUAUCACUUGACCAUCCAAGAGCCUACAAAAGAGUACACCAUCUUCAAGGAAAUAUUGACUGGUAAAGAAAAUGAAACGGAAAAUUUUUAUAUGUUCCGUAAUUUGGAAUCAGCAAAAAAUUAUUCUAUUUCACUUGCUGCUAGAAAUGAAUAUGGUGUAGGACCAAUGGCCAAUGUCUUUGUCAAAACUCUCCCCACAUCAAUGAUAAAAUAUACUCCUGAACCUGUACACUUAUUCCUUGUAUCAGAUCAUAAUAUAUUUGUUAAAACGAAAGAAAUGAUGGAUACACCUAUUAGUGUUUAUUUCACAAAUCAAACAAUCAAUGAUAUAUCAAUUAAUGUGCGAACAAAUACUAUUUACAUAUUGGAGUCAACGGGUUCUCUAUUGUCAUUUUCAAAUAACAAGAUAAACAUUUUGUUAACAACUGAAAGAGAAAUUUUAAUGGACAUUACUGUUGAUUGGCUAAACAAUAAUCUAUAUAUUUUAAUGUCAUCAAUAACAAAUGGAAAUACCAUAGUGUAUACAAUAAAAAAAUUUUAUUUAGACCAACAUAAAAUUGAAAAAACAGUUUCUGGGUUUGAUUCUAAACCACUCCAAAUAGAAGUGGAUCCUUGCAAUGGAUUUUUAUUUUGGACUACAAAAUUUGGCUUAUAUCGUUUGGACUUGAAAACUGAAGUAACAUCAAGAAUAAUUUAUCACAAAGAUAUUGGUCCAUUUGUGAUUGAUUAUAUAAAUUUUUGUUUGUUGGUAUUAUUCCAAAAGAAUAACACAAUUAUGUCUGUUUCUUUUGAUGGUCAAGAUUUAACAGAUAUUAGAAAUAACACAAUAACAGCCCUAUUUGAUGAUGCAAUAACUCUAUCAUAUGUGAAUGGGUCAUUUUAUUGGUCAAAUGGUUCAGAAUUGAUGGGAGAAGAUUAUUUUAUUAAUGAACAAAAAUACUAUCAAAAUAUAUAUCCGGCUAUGCCUUUUUCCUACAAAUUAAUACUGUCUAAUUAUACUGAUCAACAACCUAUACCAUUUCCAAGAAAUCCACCACAGUCUUUACAAGCAAUCUCUACAUCUAGUAAAAUGAAAGCUACCUGGCAGGCUCCGCAUUUAUUAGGUGGACAGGGACGUAGUUCAUGGCAAGGAUGGUCUUAUUUGUUCUCAAUAAAAUUUGAAAAUGAAACAAAUUGGAAACAAAUUGAUACUAAUAAAACAGAAAUUGUAAUAGAUUCUUUGACAGCUAGAACAAGUUAUGUCAUAAGAGUAGCUGCAUAUUCUUCUUCAGGACAAGGACCUUGGUCUUCGGAGUUUGUAGUUAAAACAUUAAAUCAUAAUGUAUCUGUACUUUGGGGAAAUGCACAACAAAUUUUGAUAUCUGAUAUCAUGGGUGAUUUUAUAGAAUCAAUCUCAAUUAAUGAAGAUGAAGUAAGCAUAUAUGUUUUGUACAGUAAUAACUUAGACGAUGUGGCUUGGUAUGAAGAUUGUGUUUUCUAUGUGGUUAAUUCAAGUAAAAUUAAUUGGCUGAAUUUAACGAGUCGUCAAGGAAGUACAUUAGAAGAUAUUAAUAGUGUUCAAAGUAUUGCAAUUGACUGGUUGGGUCGGAAAAUAUAUUGGGCAGAUCCAUCAAAACAAUCAAUACUUAGAGAAAAUUUAUUUGGAGGUCAAAGAGAGUUACUUUUAGCAUCUAAUAUUGCUAAAGAAUUGAAAGUAGAAUCUGUUGGUGGUUACUUGUAUUGGUCGACAGGGUUCGCAGUGAAAUCCUCAAAACUCAAUGGAAAAGAACAGCACAGUUAUUAUAACACCGAUUACUUUUCUGGAAAAAAGGUUAUGAGUUUAGCUGUAGAUUCUGUUGGUAGCUGGGUGUAUUGGAUACUUCGGGAAAAUGACAAAUCAAAAUUAUUCCGUGCACCAACUGCUGAGAAGCUGAAUGAUUUAAAUAAUCUAAAUCCUAUUAAAGAAUUUGAUAACUCGUGUACUGAAGGACCUUUAUUCUAUGUAGACCAUCAUUUGCUGUGGCUUCAAAAGGAUAAUGACAUAAUGAUGAGUGAUACAGAUGGCCAAUAUCCAGCAAUCAUAAGAGCUAUGAAUUUAUAUGGAAUUCAGACAUUUAGUGUGCGUGACCAAUAUGCUCAUCCAAAACCAAAAGGUUUAGAAACAAAUGUUAUUCCAGAGGAAGUGGACAUUAAAAUGAUAAAAGUUAAUCAUAGAAAUAAUGAAAGUGUGUAUGAAAUUAUCUGGGAGCCUGUGAAAACUGUUAACCAUGGAUUAGUUUCUUAUACUGUUAAAGUUUUGGAAAAGGAAGAUAGUAAAGUGGAUUCUUUAUUUGAAACACCAAAUACCAAAGUAUUAGUUGAUAGUACACCUCUUGAAAUCAGUAUCAAAGCUUCUACAGUUUGGGGUUCGUCACAAGUAGUAACGGUAUAUUCUCCAAUUCCUACUGUACCAUCAGAUAUACGUAUUUUUGCUAACUUCAGUGAUGACAAUUAUACAAUGAAUAUCAUACUUCAACAUUCUACAAUUCAAAAUAUUACAAACUAUGAAGUUAAAUGUUAUUACCAAGUAACAAAUUACUGGAAAAUGUGUUCAAAACAAGCUAUUGUGUCACCUAACACUCAAACAAAAUGGAUAGGACUUUCUAUUUAUUCAGAUUUAUUGUUUAAAAUAAGGGCUUGUUCUCUGGCUGGCUGUAGUGGAUGGAGUCAAGAUAUAAUAUAUAAUCAAACCUACAACUAUGCAAUUUUUAAAUUUAAAACUGCUAUAGUGAUUGGUUCCAAAAUAUUGAUUUUCAAUUCAAAUAAACAAAAUAAUCAACAAAUAAUGUUACUAACAAAUAGUUUGGUAACUAGUUUUACUCUAAACGAUAUGGAAGAUAUUGCAUUUUGGACUGAUAGUAAAACUAUAUACAGUUCACCAAUUAAUAAAUCAAUUAAUAAUAAAAUUUACUCAAUUUCUGAAGUUAAUAUGAAAAUUGAAAAUCUUUCAUUUGAUUGGAUAUCAAAAACACUCUUUUGGUGUGAAGUUUCUGAAAAUCGAUCAAAAAUUAUGGCCUUCGAUAUUAGAGUAAAAACAGUUCAAAUAGUGAUGACAAGAUCAAAUAAAAUAUUUCCGUCUUCAGCUGUUCUUUCUGAAGGUUUAUUUAUUUGGAUUGAACAAAUUCCUGAUUCCAAUGAAAAACAUAUAUUAAAAAGUAACAUGAGUGGCACAGAUGUUGAAACUUUUGUAUAUUCUAGCAAUAGUAAUUGCAAUUGUUCUGAUUUGUACCCGUUUGAUAAUGUAUUAACAUCUUACAUAUCAAAUAGUGGUAAAAUGAGACUUCUGUGGGUUGAAGGCAAACAUAGAAAUAUUAUUGUUUCUGAUAUCAAUGGUUGUAAAUGUUCUGUAAUAUUUAAUGUAAAUUCAACUUUUAAUUUAACGUCACUGGCAGUUGAUAAACACAAUAUUUACUGGACAACAAACCAAUCAAUGUGUUCAAUAAGAAUUAAAGAGUUAAAUGAUAAACCCACUAUAGAAAAUAAUGCAUCAUUACAUUGUUUAAAUAAUAUAACAGCUGUAUAUACAAUUGACGGAUUAUCUGAAUCAUUUAGGUUACAACUUGAUUGUCGUAUUUUAAAUUCUGUUUUAUACUCCGUGCCACGAGAGAAUGUCCCAACCAAAUCAUGUUCAAAUCUGUGCAUCCCCCACUUGUUUGACAUGUCAAAGUUGCACGAUCAGUCUGCAAUGUUAUAUAGUGUGUAUCAUGUUGUAAAGUGGGAGGAAACGGGGCCUCGUAACAGUCGCUGCCGUCAGUCUGCAUGCCCGAAACGAGUUCCUUCUCUCGUGGUGCAGAGUAUAUUUAAAAGACCGUGCCCACCUGGAUUUCCUCAAGUUAAUCAGACAUUACCAUCUGUUUACAUAGUGUAUUGGGAUCCGUCCGAAUCGCGUGUUAAAAGUUAUUCAUUAGAAAGAAUAAUUAUUAGUGAAAUGAGAAAUAAAAGAAGUUUGAAUUUAAAUACAAGUAAUUGGACAACCGUGUACAGUGGACCUCAAAAUCAUUGGUUCAUGUCUGAUGUGAAACGUGAUGCAGUAUUUAAGUUCCGUGUUAAGGCAGAGAAUCAUCAUGGUUGGUGGAGCGAUUAUAGAACUUCAGAUGAACCCUUCAAUCCCCAAUACCAAGUGGAAACUUUAAAAAAUGAAGAUGUUCCUUGGAAAAUAUUACUAACAGGAUUUAUUUUGAUUUGUCUUUUCUUGACAAUGUUAAUUAAGUAUUUAGGUUCAAAUACUUCCAAAGGACCUAUGCGACCGGAUGUAGAAUUAGGGAGACUCAGAGAGAUGCCACAGCGACCAACUUUUUUUCAUGCUGUAAAUGUGGGUUACCAAGGGGCUGUGUUAUUUCAAAAAAAAAAAAAAAAUGAAUUGCCUAGCAUCAAGCGCGAACAAAUUACACUUACAAAACGAUUGGGGUCUGGAGCUUUUGGAGAAGUUUUUGAAGGAAAAAUUAAAGAUGUAGUGAGAGGAGAAUGUGAAACACGCGUUGCGAUUAAAUCAUUAAAAGAAGGUGCUAGUCACUGUGAAGUAGAGGAAUUUUUAAAAGAAGCAAAAUUAAUGAAUAAUUUCAAUCAUAAGCAUAUUUUACAAUUAAUUGGAGUAUGUUUAGAUAAUGACCCCAAUUUUAUUAUUAUGGAACUCAUGGAAGAAGGUGAUUUACUGAGUUAUUUAAGGAAAAAUAGACAAACUAAUGUAUUGAAUCUUAGUGAUUAUGGACAAAUGUGCAUAGAUGUAGCCGAAGGAUGCUCAUAUUUAGAGCAAAUGCAUUUCAUACAUCGCGAUUUAGCUUGUCGAAAUUGUUUGGUAUCAUCUUCUGAUCCUAAAGAGCGAAUUAUAAAAAUUGGCGAUUUUGGACUAGCGAGAAAUAUUUAUACCCAUGAUUAUUAUCGGAAAGAAGGAGAAGCUUUACUGCCUGUUCGAUGGAUGUCACCAGAAUCACUAGUGGAUGGUGUUUUUACCAGUCAAUCUGAUGUUUGGGCUUUUGGUGUUCUCCUAUGGGAAAUAAUGUCUGUAGGACAGCAGCCCUAUCCAGGACUGUCCAAUAUAAAUGUCAUGUACCACGUCCAGCAUGGUGGAAGGCUUGAAAAACCAAUCAAUUGUCCAAGAACUUUGUAUAAUUUGAUGCAAAAAUGUUGGCAUGUUGAUCCAGAGAAACGACCAAGGUUUGAAUACUGUUUAAAGGUAUUGAAAUCAUAUAUGGCUAUGCCACUGGACUAUGUAAAUGUCUCCCAUGAUCCACAACUGCACAAUGUUUCUGAGAAAUACACAAUAGACUUAACCCGUAUCGAGUCACAACAGAAAUUGUCAAAUAAUCAUGAUGGAUACGAAAUACCUAAUAAAAUUAUAAAUAACGAAUACCUAGAACUGUUUAAUGAUAAAUGCGAGUACCUAGAUUUAUCAACACCUACAGUUAAUAUAGUCGAUAAUAGAGAUUCAGAACCAGAAUCAAUUCCAGAAGAUAAUUUGUAUUGUAACAUGAAUCCAGAACUUAUAGGAUGAAUUGACAAUUGCAUGGCAGAAUCAAAGGCAAAAAGACUUAAAAUUAGUUGUUUAUUAUUUUUGUUGAUCUAUAUAGAAUUUUGUAAAGUGGUUAUAUAAUUAUUGCCCUUAUUUAAUAGCUUUAAAAAUUAUUUUGGUAAAUAUUGAGUCAAUUCAUAAUUUUUGUUUAAAUUUAUAUUUUGUUGAAUUAUUUUCUAAGUUUAUCUGAUUAUAAUAUUGGUAUCUACUUGAAGCCAAUGACAACUACUGUUGAAUGGUACAGUAAGUGUGUUAUGUAGUAA